AACGCGGAAGUGGUUCGAAACGCCACCGUGCGUCAUGAAGGUGUAAUCGGCGUCAGUGCCACCGAGGCGCUACCUGCCACUGUACCUCAACACAGCUCCUAAAAUACCACCUGGAUUUAAUUUUGGAUUGGUUUAUGGACAAAUAACAGAAAUCUUCAUAGUCUUUCUGUCUUGAUUCCUCGUUGGAGACACUGUAAAAGAUUCCCAAUGGGUGAGUCGGGUCGGCGCUCCACCCUCGUCUCCCGUCUGCCCAUCUUCAGACGCAGCAACAGUAAGAGACAGGACUCCCUCCCCUCCUCUCCGUCCUCCGGGGGUCUGACCAACGGGGUCCACACCUCCUCCCCUUCCAGCACCAACUCCAGCUCGGGAAGCACCGGGAAGCGACGCAGCCUCUUCCGGGCCCCUUCCCUCGGAUUCAGCUCCAAAAGGAAUAGCGACCCCCGAGACCAGAACGUUAACAUAAACCUCAACUCUGCUUCUCCAGCGAAUGCGCAGGCCACAGACGCCAAUGGGAACAGUCAGAGCAGCAUUACCACUUCAGUGUCCACUACGGGGUUCAGCGAGGGAGGCGGGAGGUCCAAGAAUCGGCAUUCGUUCGGGUUUGGGAGUCACAAACAGAAGAAAAUCACACGCUCCCAGACAGAGGAUUUUGACAAAGCGUCGUCGUCUUCCUCAUCAGCAGGAAACCGAAACCCCUUCAUAAACUGCAUCAGUGGCUCUGGGGUGAACGAAGGCGAUGACUCCGGUUUUCUGGACGACUUCAGCGGCGCCAGUAACAACAACAAGCGCUCCUCCUCCUCUCGUCAGAAGAAACAGCUCCUCCCCAAGUCCUUCUCCGCCCACCACCGCUUCUCCAAGUCCUCGGACCACCACAGACCCCCCGAAGUGGCGCUAGAGCCCCCCUCCUCCACCACCGUCACCCCUGGGUCCUGGCCUGGAGAGCUGAUGGGUGCUGGUGCUGGAGGGGAGAGCUCGGUGCAGUCUCCCAUGAUUUCUGAAGACCGUACCACUGCAAUAACCCCGUCCGAGUUUCACCCAAUAACAGAGGAUUCUGUGUCUGAUUCUGUGGAUGCCCUGCCGACGCCCAGCCCUGUACCAGCCCCGACCCCUAUAACUGCUGACGUCCCUGUGCAAGAUGAGACCGAUACUGCCCUAGACCCUCCAUCUGCUCCAGAGAACAAUAACACGGCCAUCACUACCUCCCAAGUUUUCUUCAGUCCAGUCGAAUCCUGCACUGAGAAGGUUCUACCUGCAGACACCAGCACAGCCAACAACACAGACUACGAGACCGCGGUGUCCCUCUCCGAACCAGAGACCGCGGUGCCAUGUCUGCCCCUGAAAGAACAGAGCGCAGAGGAGAGGAGAGAGAGGGAGGAAGAGAGGAAAGAGGCCAGAAAGGAGGCUUCGGUGGAGGAGAGGAGGGAGGUGAGCAGAGGGAGGAGGCUGGCGUACCUCACAGAGACCAGUGAGAGUGAGCCGUGCGUGGUCCGCAGCGAGGGGGCGGGGCCAGAGCGGAGGACCAGGACCACCAGAUCGUUUCAGGAGUCCAGAGGAAGCUACUGCGGCUGCCAAGAGCCCAGACAAGCCCACCUCAGGAAGCAUGCAGGCUCGUUGUGCAGCAGUGUGAGCCCGUACCAUGGUGUCAUGAGGCUGGAGCGGCGUCUGCGCUCGUCUUCGGAGGGGGCGGGGGGACCUCAUCUCCAUGGAAACCUGCGAGACGUCCCGGGCCUGGAGGGAUGCGGACUGAUCAAACACAGGCACAACUCGUCAUCCUCCAAACUGGGCAGUCUGGAUGUUCUGAACAAUCUUGGUUCGUCAGAGCUCGAUGAGGACGAUUUGAUGUUGGACCUGGAGCUGUCAGAUGAUCAGAGGCAUCGGCAUGUGUCCCGGGAAAACUCGAGUCAGUCCUUGACCUCCUGUUUAAACCUGCUCCAUUCACCUCUGGACCCGACCGGAGAGCGCAUCCUGGGAAGAGACCACAGCCACAGGGAGACCAGUCGACCCUCUAGUCUGCUGGCCGCUGAGGGGAGCUCGGGGCCGGCUGUGGGGAGAGAAGACGAGCCUCUAGCCGUGGGAAUGGAGAGUCUGCCUCUGAGACUGAUGCAGCAGGACUGUACUGCUGUCAAAACACUACUGCUCCGACUCAAGCGCACGCUGCAAGAGAGCACAGAGACCAGUCCUGCCAGCAGCCUCCAGUCUCUACCCAUCAGCCCCUGCAGCGAGAAGUCCCUUCCCUUUAAGGACUCCGGUAGAGAAGAGGCCUUGCUGCAGCAGCUGAGAGAGAAGGACGAGCUGAUCCUCAAACUGCAGGCCGAAUUGGAGAGCUCCAGAGCUGCCCUGAAGAUGAAAGACUGCCAAAUGAGCGACCGAACCACGCAGACCGAACACACAGGGCCAGAGACCAAUCCUCCAGGCCGGUGGUCAGGAACAGGCAGCAGCAGCAGCAACAGCAGCAGCCUGGGCCCAAGGGAACGAAGAGCGGCACGAGCUAUGGCAGCACUACACGCAGGGGACCACGUUAACCAGCAUGCACCUCACCACCCUCCGCACGGGCGCACCAACACUGCCAGAGAAGAGCGCCACCACCUGGCCGCCCCUUCAACCCGGAAUCACACCUCAAACGCCGCUAUGCUCACGUCAACGUUUCCCCCUUCGCAGCUUUCGCGCGGUCGACCGCUGGAGGUGGUGUCUUCCUCCGUGGAAUCUUUAACCCAAAGCGCCUCCCUUUCCGUCGGGGCGAGAAGAGCCGACUCCCACCCCCCGGUAUCCCAAAUCCCACGGGCGGUCGGAUCUAGCGCUUCCUCUAGCCUCCACAGUCUACACAGCCGAGGGAGCGUUUCAUCAUCUGACCAUAGCUCCCCGCCUCCUCCCACCCCCUCCUCUUCAUCCUCCUCCUCAUCCUCGUUCACCGGGCGAUUAGGACAGCCCCCCCGCGGCCCCCUCUCGCUGCACAGUUAUAGUCGCAAAAAUGUUUUCCUCCAACACUCUCUGCAGACGUCCGAACUGCAGGCGCUGACGCAGAGAGACAGUUGAGGAAACGCCGGAUCAGAUGUAGUUUAGCCAAACCAACGCCGACUUUUUAAGUGUCAAGUAAAAAGUGCUGCUGGUUGUGUCAGCCCCAUGCGUAUACAAUCAUACUUUAGGGGAGGAGUUAAGAGUCUGAGCGCUGUAAGAAACGAAUACUUUAUCUGCAUCAGCUAGAACGACCUUGACAAUUGAGAAUAACUGUCUUGCGUAGUUGAUUAGCUGUAUCAAUCUUGAGUAAUUUGGACGAUUUUAGAUCCAGCGGCGGAAGAAGUACGCAGUUUUGUUACUUAAAAGUAGAAAUACCGGAGCGAAAAAGUAAAAAUAAACACAUGUCACACAUAUCACAUGAAAAAAUCUAGUAAAAGUAUUCGUACCUGUUUAAAAAUGUACUUAAAGAAUAAAAAGUACAAGUAUUUCGCUCAGUUUUUUAAGAUCUAAUAAAGCCUCAAAUGCGAUGAUGUUGAUACAGAUUUGAGUUGAAUUUUGUUCAACUGAAACAAUUGAAUCGAUUUUUUUUUUUCUCUUUGUGUUAUUUUUUGUUUGAUCAAUUUAUGAACUGGAUAAAAAAAAAAACUCAGCCUUUUCAGCAGGUCUCAGACAAUAAUGAAAAACGCUUUUACUUUUCUGUCCUGCUCAAAAAUUUAGUGUAGAAAGUACAGAUAUCUGCUCUCAAAUGUAGUGAAGUGAAAGUAAAACACAUCCACGUCAAAAUGUACUCAAGUAAAGUACAGAUACCUCAAAUUUUCUACUUAAGUACAGUAUGUAAAGUACUUUUACUUCAUUACGCUCCACCACUGUUUGGAUCGAAUUACUUCGGCGGCAUAGAUUGCUAGAUUAGAUUGAAAACACAGGAUUCCCACAAAAUCUAAUCAUUAACCAGAAGAUAUUUAAGAUGCUGCACUUGAACUACUUGAUUUUACUCCAAUUGUGUGAUAAAUAUACAUUCGCAAGUAGUGACCCAACAGUUAACAAGGCUGUACCACAGGCUGCUUGCAAUAUAGAUGGCUGAUUUCCCUUAAAACUUUCAAUUUAUGACGUAUGACCCUCGUUUGUAUCAGCAACUAACUAGACCAACUGACGUGAUCUAAACUAGUCCAAACUACUACUAAGGUGUACUAUGUAAUGUUUCUGGUAGGAUAAUGACAUCUUGCUUGCAUCCAUGGAGAGGUUUUUACUUUGUCUGGAAUAUUUCACAGUAUGGCAUUGCUUAUUUAUCCAUUAUUUUGUUUUUCAUUUAAUUACAGAUGUAUCAUUGCCAAAAAAAAAGAAAAAGAAAAAAAGUCAGUCAAGCUGGAUCACCUCUCUGCAGAUGUUUGUCCCGUCGAAAUGGAUAUAUUUAAUGCCAUACCGUAGAACAUUCUGGGCAAAGUAACAAUAUCUCCUUGAAGACAAAUGUCAAAUGUCGUACCGUUCACCCUUAAAAGUUACACAGUCCACCUUUAAACUCAUUAAGUCGACAGCUCUUCUCAAUCCAUGUCAUUUGCAGUGUUUUUUUUACAGUACACUCCACUCUUCCUCUCUUAAACGUAUAUUUAUUUGUAAGUGCACAUCAGUCUGUUUGCACCAAAUGGCACUCACCCGUCGAUCUGAACUCCUACGUCUUUGUCACGCUGACAGUUUGGAUGUGCUUACGCCCACACACACAAAGAGCACGCUCCAGUCACACACACAACCGCCUCUGUGUGUGCCCUCCUAAAUAUACCCCCAAUGAUACAACUGCUCUGGGACUACUGCACAAUCUACACCAAACAGCCAGAUUAAAGGUCCUAUAUUACGCAAAAUGGACUCCUGCGAGCUUUAAACCAUGUUAGGAAGUUGUUACAUCCUCAAGAACACACCCGGAGUUGUGUUUUGCUUCAUUCGAGUAACUUAUUGGACAGUCUACAUCUCCAAAGUCCACCUUGUGAUGUCAUUAGUGAUAGUUUUAAAGUUAAUAGCUAUUUUUAGGCUUAAUUGAACGUCUUUACUCUACAAUACCCUAGAAUAAGCAUGAGUUGUUGCAGUUUUGAAAAUGUUUGUGUAACUUUUUCAGAUGAGAUUGCCAGAGAAAGUCUACAAUAUCUUCUGGUGCACCGAGAUGCGAAGAAGUUUUAACGAGACUAAACCAAUUGCUGCAGCUUCAAAGUUUGGCAAUUCCAGGGCUGCAAAUUAUUCAAAUGAUCCCAGUGAAGGUGUAUGUCGUAAAAAAAAACACAGUGGAGCACUUCCUGUAUUGGCACGUAAUGACAUCACCAGGUGGAACAGAGUGUUUUCAGUUUCAGAGAGGAUCUAACCCUAAAUGUGCAGGGCAAAACACAAAACCAGGUAUGUUUUGAUGAGGAAACAACAUUAUAACAUAGACACAAAUUUUAAAAAAAAAAGCAUAAU